AUAAAAGAGUUGGACAGGGGGCAGCACAGGGGGGAACUAGUGUGUGUGAGAGAAAGAGUGGGGCAGAAAAGAACUGAUGAUAUAAGGAUGCUGAAGAGUGUGUGUUUAGUGCUAAUGUGCGUUGUGCUGACGCACGCUCAGUUCCCACGUCAGUGUGUGACACUAGAGGGUCUGCAGAGUGGCACCUGCUGCCCAUCACCUACUGGACUGCCCAAUGAUGAGUGUGGAUCCAGUACUGGCAGAGGUCAAUGCGUGUCAAUUGCCGCUGACCGUCGCCCACACGGGCCUCAGUAUCCUCACGAUGGCCGGGAUGAUAGAGAACGAUGGCCACUGCGGUUCUUUAACAGAACCUGCCAAUGCAACGGAAACUUCAGUGGAUUUAACUGUGGGCAAUGCCGACAUGGUCUGACAGGGCCAAACUGUGAUCAAAGAGUCACUGUGGUGCGACGUAACGUCAUGCAGAUGUCUACGGAUGAGAAAAGAGCCUUUGUGAACGCUUUGGACCAGGCUAAAAGAACCGUCCAUCCCGACCUGGUCAUCUGCACCCGCCGCUAUCAGGAGAUUUCCGGCCCUGAUCAAUUUGAGAACAUCACCAUCUAUAAUUACUUUGUCUGGACCCACUACUAUUCGGUCAGUAAGACUUACAUGGGUCCAGGCCAGCAGAGCUUCGGAGGUGUGGAUUUCUCCCACGAAGGACCAGGAUUUGUCACAUGGCACCGGUACCACCUGUUGCAACUGGAGAGAGACAUGCAGGACAUGCUGGAGGACCCGUCGUUUGCCCUGCCGUACUGGAACUUUGCUAUAGGAGGAAACGAGUGUGAUAUCUGCACUGAUGACCUGCUAGGAGCCAGAAGCAGCUUUGACACCAAUGCCAUCAGUUCCAACUCUGUGUUCUCUCAGUGGAGAGUCAUCUGUGAGAGUGUGGAGGAGUAUGAAACACUGGGGACCAUCUGCAACAAUUCAGAGUCAAGUCCGAUCAGAAGAAACCCUGCUGGUAAUGUGGCUCGACCCAUGGUUCAGAGAUUACCACAACCACAGGAUGUCAUUGACUGUCUAGAGCUGAACACUUUCGACACGCCACCGUAUUACUCAACUUCUUCUCAGAGCUUCAGGAACACUAUUGAGGGUUACAGCGCUCCUCAGGGAAACUAUGACCCAGUAGUGAGGAGUCUGCACAACCUGGCUCAUUUGUUUCUAAAUGGCACAGGUGGACAGACUCACCUGUCACCAAACGACCCCAUCUUUGUCCUGCUUCACACGUUCACUGAUGCCAUUUUUGACGAAUGGCUUCAGCGGCACACUGCUGCUGGAACAGUGGCCUAUCCUGAGGAAAAUGCUCCGAUUGGUCACAACAGAGAGUUCAACAUGGUCCCUUUCUGGCCACCAGUCAGAAAUGCUGAAAUGUUUGUUACUGCCCCAGACAAUCUGGGCUACACCUAUGAGGUUCAAUGGCCAACUCGUUCAUACACUAUUUCAGAGAUCAUCACCAUAGCGAUUGUAGCCGUGGUGCUUGUCGUGGCUGUGGUGGGCGGAGUCAUCGGGUGUGCUGUUCGGGCACGCUCUUACCGCUCAGCCGAGGGCCUGGAGCCGUUGCUAGGGGAACAGUUCAGGCGUUACUCAGAGGACCAGCGCCAUGCCUCUCAGUCUGUGGUGUGACUGAGGAAAUAAAAAAACCCACACGUCUUAAACACAUUUAUUAUUGCACUGUGCAUCCACCCUGUACUGGAUGAAUCAUUAGCAUUCAAAAGCAUUGUAAAAAUUUUGUGGAAACUGGUGCUAAAUUUAUGACCAUUAUCAUAUUUUUCAUGUCCAGCGAGACAUUGAAAAUACUGUCACGUGCCCUUGUUUAAUGUGUCUCCUUGAAUUUAUACAGUGCUUAUGAAUGCCCCUUGAACACAUAUUGUACAGUGUGACCUCUUUUAUAUUACUCUGAUAAAAUUAAAAAAAAAAAGUUUUGGGAUUUUUGUGUACUUUCAGCGCAGACGAUUCUGCAGCAAGAACCAUUCAAUGAGUGCCAACAUUACAUAAGUCCUCAGUAAAUUUAGUAUAUACUUUACGUAAAUUAUUUUUCCAAGAAAAUAUUUCCUCCAAGUUACUAUAAAUAUAAAAUUCCUGAUAAUAUCCACAUCCCAAAUAUACACAGACCCAAACUAUGGUUUGUGUGAUGCCAUAACAGUGUAAUGAUUAAUAAUUUUCAUUAAAAAUUCAAAUAAUAAUUAAAAACUACCAUAAAUGUUAUUCGUAAGUGUUCUGUACGGUGGCUUGUGUUUAAGUGUUUUUAUUUGCUUGAAGCUUGAUUAUAUCUACUGUGAAGCAUGAUUGUGAUGAAAAUGGAAACAUUUGAAAUGACAACUACCCUUGUGGCAACUAUUAACAUUUGAUUUUUUUGCUGAUAUUUAAAGGGCAAUCAAUCAUGAAACAUUCCACUUCACUUUAUGUCACCCUAUUUACCAAGAAAAACACAUUAAAUAAAGCCUGUUUCCUCUUG